CGAAGCACGGAGCCCCGCCCUGCCGCCCGCCAGAGCCGUGAAGCAGCAGUAGCAGCAACAGCAGCUCCGCUUGCUUCGUACAGUUUUUAUUCAUGAAAACAUUUGUCUGAUCGUCGUAUUAUUCGACUAGUAAUAACUGCUCGCGGUAUACGUUGUGCUCGUCUUUGUCGGUACAGUUCACGCAGUGACGGUUAACCUUAAAAAGUAGUGGCUGUCGCGGUGUUGUCGCGAGAGAUAGUCUCGUAGUGAAACAGACUUGUUUCGGUCAUUAAGGCAUCGUCGCCGAGUGCAUUCGCUCUGUUUCUCGACGUUGUUCGAGACGGAGAGGUGUGAAAAGGAAAGUGCAUAGUCAUCGAUGUGAGAAGUCGAGGCUAGGAAGAAGGCCCGCCGCAGCAGGAGGGAGAGAGUGAGGAGCUGUUCGUGGAUACGAAAAGCUGAUAUAUCGAGUCGGGAAUUUAAGCAACCGUAGGCUCCGUUAGGGAGCUCCAGAGGUUACGUUAUUUCCAUCGGCAAUGAGUCACAUGGGAGAAACGAACGACAAAGGAAAUGCAAUCGGGUGGACGCGAAGACCUUGAAUUAUUGUCCAAUAAUUUUGCACUAUCGUUUACUAUAACAUGCUCCGUUUGGAAAGAGAGCGAUAUCAGGGGUGGCAACGGUCUCGCUAGGAGGUAUCGAAGCUGGCGCGUGGGGCGGGAGAGUCAGCGGUGGUCUGGCUCUGGUUCCGGUGGUAGCGGCGGAAACGGAAGCCGCGACAGCAACAGAUCAGAGAGAACGACUGGAAAAGGCUGGUGCGACCCGCUGGAGAAGGAAAUUCGAUCGUCUUCUAUUUUCAACCUUUCCCAUCCCUGGUGGUGGAAAAUUCGAGAGCGUCUAUCUGCCAUCGAAGAAAGCGUCGACGGCGUGACACUGGGCCCCAAUCACCUUCGAGCAAGAAGGCAUACGAAAUAGGAUUAAUCCAUUCCUGAAAAAUCACAUUUUAGGCUUUGUUGGAGGUGUACCACCUCCUCCUCGAGAACCUCCCUUUUCCACCCUUCACGGGUAGUCACGCUUAGCGCAUCAUUAGACAGGCAUCAUGAGCAGCGAGCUCGAAUCCCUACGUCAGGAAUCGGACAAGCUGAAAAAUGCCAUUCGAGAUGCCAGAAAAGCAGCUUGCGAUACGACGUUGGUCCAAGCCACGUCGGGCAUGGAGCCUAUCGGCCGGAUACAAAUGCGUACGAGACGCACACUUCGUGGUCACUUAGCCAAGAUUUAUGCCAUGCACUGGGGCAGUGAUUCAAGAAAUUUAGUGUCAGCAUCGCAAGAUGGAAAAUUGAUCGUUUGGGACAGUUAUACCACCAACAAAGUUCAUGCAAUCCCUUUGCGCUCCUCAUGGGUGAUGACCUGUGCGUACGCACCAUCAGGUAGUUUCGUAGCCUGCGGUGGGCUGGAUAACAUUUGUUCCAUCUAUAGUCUAAAAACUAGGGAAGGAAAUGUAAGAGUUAGCAGAGAACUCCCAGGUCACACUGGGUACUUGUCUUGCUGUCGAUUUUAUGACGACAACCAAAUUGUCACUAGUUCUGGCGAUAUGACUUGUGCCCUGUGGGAUAUAGAAACUGGUCAACAAUGUACCUCCUUUAUUGGACACACGGGUGAUGUUAUGUCCCUGUCUUUGGCUCCUGACACACGCACAUUCGUAUCUGGUGCGUGUGAUGCUAGUGCAAAAUUAUGGGACAUUCGUGAAGGAACUUGCAAACAAACUUUCCCAGGCCAUGAGAGCGAUAUAAACGCUGUUACGUUCUUCCCGAAUGGAUACGCUUUCGCGACGGGUUCAGACGAUGCAACGUGCAGACUUUUCGAUAUUAGGGCAGAUCAAGAACUGGCCAUGUAUAGUCACGACAAUAUUAUCUGCGGUAUCACUAGCGUAGCGUUCAGCAAGAGCGGUAGAUUAUUGCUGGCCGGCUACGACGAUUUUAACUGCAACGUUUGGGAUUCCAUGAAGGCUGAACGAGCCGGAAUUCUUGCCGGUCACGAUAAUCGUGUGUCUUGCCUCGGCGUUACAGAGGAUGGUAUGGCAGUAGGGACGGGCUCAUGGGACUCAUUUUUGCGUAUUUGGAACUAACUUGGGGUUAAUCCCAAGACGUUCCUCCACAGAACCAACUACAGCCAAUCAGCAUACAGCAUAAGCAUCAAGUACCACCACUUGGCCACCGAAGUCGGCGUGUCCGUGUCCUCAACGGAGGCGAAUUAUUCGCCCGGUUCACCGGAGUUGACGUUGAUCAGAAAGUUUGGACAUCCGUUAGACAACAACAGUAAAAAGACCCACGGUAGUAGCAGCAGUAGCGGCAGCGAAUUUAAGAACGUUUUGGGUUGUGGUGGUAAAAAGGACUACCGGAAACGCGUCGUCGAUUUAACCUGGCGACGUGGCAAAGUCGGCGAUAAAAUCACUCAUGAAUAUCAGCGCUUCUAGUAUAUGGAUAUACCGUUUGUUCGAUAUAUUCGAACGUACGACUGAUGAUGAUGAUGAUGAUGAUGAUGAUGAUGAUGAUGAUCGAGAAAGAAGCGUGGUGAAAGGAAGAACGACAGAACGGAGAGCAGCACCAAGGCUGACAGCCAUAUCUCUUCGAUGUCGUGAGCGUUACUUCCUUUCUCUCCUCCCCUUUCUCAAGGACUAUUUGGCAAUUUCGAAGAGUACGUGCUGUUGAUAUAUAUAUAUAUAUCUUGAUAGCAUCUUCUCGAAGAUCUUCCCGAAUUCGAAGGUUGAAAUAAAGAAUCGAUUCCCGACACUCCUCAUCCGAGGUCUACGUCGCUGGAAGCGUUUUAUUAUUAUGAAUAAGAAAAAAAAAAAAAAAAAAAAAAAAAAGAAAAAAG